GUUCAUCCUCAUCCCUCUGUCUUCUCCGCAGGCUCCAGCCCUCCGUCUGAACCCCCCCACGAAUCACACCAGCCAGGUCUGAUGCCCCCCGCGAGACCUGAAGAGCAUUAGACUGCUGCCACACUUCUUCCUGCUCUGUGCUGAGGGGGGGGGGGGUAACUUUACUGAUGUCCUGCUGGGGGGAGUUGAAGCCUUUUACCUCCUUGCAGCAAAAAGAUAAAAGUCGGAUGAAAAACUAAAAGAAACCGCUCAGAGAUCGUUGCCCACCUUCACUGAGCCGCGACACGUGCCCCCCCCCCCCCCCCCGGAAUCCCCCCUCCAGGCAGCCGCCGCUGAUGGAGGCCCACCAACACUCCCCAGAGAGCAGCAGUGAGGAGUGCACCGUCCUGGAGGCGCCCGGCAAGAACGCCUGCCCCCGACACGCAGGGAAGGGGGCCGAGCUGUUCUGUUCGGCCUGCGAGGUUGCGCUGUGCGAGGACUGCGUGCCGGACCACGAGGAGCACCCUAAGGUGCCCCUCAGCCGGGCCCUGGAGCAGCACCGCAGCAGCCUGCAGGAGAGGCUGGGGGGGGUCCAGAACAGACUCCCUCAGAUUUCAGACGCCCUGUCCUUCGUUAAAGAGAUCCACCAACAGCUGACCAAUCAGAGAGCUUCCAUCGAAGAGGACAUCCAGUCGAGCUUCGAGGAUCUGCACAAGCAGCUGGAUGUCAGGAAGAGCGUUCUGCUGAUGGAGCUGGAGGUCACGCACGGCCUCAAACAGAAGGUCCUCCAGGCCCAAGUGGACAGCCUGGUCCGCGGAGAGGGGGACCUGGAGGCCUCCUGUUCCCAGGCGGAGGAGGCUCUGGCCGGGGAGGCGUGCGUGGCGAGCCUGCAGGCCGAGCAGGAGCUGCAGGAGAAGCUGGGCGAGCUGGCCGGACUCGGCCUGCCGUGUCAGCCGGAGGAGAACGACCAGCUGGAUCUGCUGCUGGAGACGGACGGGCUGAGGAAGUCGAUACACAACCUGGGGACCAUCGUCACAACCAGUGCGGUGGCGUGCCAGAGCGAAGCCAUGGGUGCUGGCCUGGAGCAGUGCAUUGUGGGACACCCUGCCUCGGUUACCGUGGUGACAAGAGACAAGUCAGGGGGAGCCUGCAAGACCGGCAACGCGAUCCUGUCAGCUGAGGUCUUCACCCCCGAUGGAAGCAUAGUGGACGGUGAAAUAGUGGACCACAAGAACGGGACUUAUGAGUUUGUGUACACGGUGCCGAACGAGGGCGACUUCUCGUUGGCUCUCCGUCUGUACGAUCAACACAUCAAGGGAAGCCCCUUCAAACUGACCAUCAACAGGGUCUCGGAAGCAGAGUCGAGGUGGGUGUCCCCCUCCACCACCACGGCAACCAACUCGGCGGCCUACGCCACCCCGUCCACCGGCUCCUCCGAGGGGGCGAAGAGACGAGGAAAGUCCCCCGGCCAGAAGAAGAAGGGCUCCAAGAGGGCCAGCAGCGCCCUGGGGACCCCGCGGCGCAAGACCCAGAACCCCAUCGAGGACGACCUCAUCUUCCGGAUUGGAACGAAGGGGAGGAACAAAGGAGAGUUCACCAACCUCCAGGGAGUGGCGGCCUCCUCCACGGGCAGGAUACUGAUAGCCGACAGCAACAAUCAGUGUGUUCAGAUUUUCUUAAAUGAGGGGGAGUUCAAGAGUCGCUUUGGCGUGCGGGGGCGGUCGCCAGGGCAACUGCAGCGUCCCACGGGCGUGGCCGUGCACCCCAGCGGGGACAUCAUCAUCGCCGACUACGACAACAAGUGGGUCAGCAUCUUCAACAGCGAGGGCAAGUACAAGGCGAAGCUGGGCUCCGGUAGGCUGAUGGGGCCGAAGGGCGUGUCCGUGGACCAGAACGGUCAUGUGAUCGUGGUUGACAACAAAGCGUGCACUGUCUUCAUCUUCCAGCUGACCGGCAAGCUGGUCACCAAGUUUGGUAGUCGAGGCAACGGGGACAAACAAUUUGCAGGUCCACACUUUGCAGCAGUGAACAACAACAAUGAGAUCAUCGUGACUGACUUCCAUAACCACUCUGUCAAGGUUUUCACCCUUGAGGGAGAACUGGUGUUGAAAUUCGGCUCUAACGGGGAAGGAAAUGGCCAGUUCAACGCCCCCACCGGAGUGGCUGUGGACGUCAAUGGAAACAUCAUCGUAGCUGACUGGGGCAACAGUAGAAUUCAGGUGUUUGACGGCAGCGGCUCCUUCCUCUCCUACAUCAACACGUCGGCGGACCCCCUGUACGGACCCCAGGGCCUGGCCCUGACCUCCGAUGGACACGUGGUGGUGGCCGACUCCGGCAACCACUGCUUCAAAGUCUACCGCUACCUGCAGUGAUGGAGGCCUGGGCGGAGAGGCAGAGAGGCGGAGGGGAGGAAGGGAAGACGGGAAGAAGGAAGGGGGCAGGUGUUGGAGAAGAGAGAUAUGGUGGAAUUACAACUCGACUUGGAUGGAAGGACGGGUGGAGAGGAAGCAGGGACGCAAAGAGAAGAAUUAGCCACAAAUACAUCAUCAGACCACAAUGAAGUUUUGACAACUUUUCGAAAAAGCAUCAUUAGAGUAUUCGUCUAAAGAUGAAACAGGAUGAGGGAGAUGGUGCUUUGAACUAAAGGAGGACGAGAUCAUCGGAUGAGGACAGAACGAUGGAGCUCGUCAAAACUGAGACAUAUCGCGGAGAGACCAAUGAGUGACGCUGAUUCUUGAUGUCUGUCAAAAAGUCUCUUUCUCCCAGCUUGACGUUUAAAAUAAGUUGAAGGGAACGAAAAGCUUUGAAGAAUAAGUGAAGAGCAAAUAGAGGUUACAAAAGGACACGACACCAACGUCCUGGGAAACCACCGCUUCCCAAACACACCUGAGUGGAUGGAGGGUGAAGACAUCGAGAAGGUAGAAGACGUCCUCUGAGUGUAUGAAUUAAGAUUGUUUUGUAAUGUUCUGCUUUCUUAUGUUGGAUGUAACACGUAUGUAAAUACUGGUCAGCGAGCUGAACGAGGUCCACGUCUUAGUUUCACAUCAUUUCUCAUCCCAGGUGAUUACCACACAUUUCCUGCAUGGCUUUUUCACCAUAAAACUACGUCUGCGCACAAAGUGAUGAGCGGUGACCGACUCUCGGAGGGGGUCGUGGCGCCCAGCAGGGAGUCUGAGUUCACCUGUACAUCAAACUGCAUUGUUUGUUAUUGGACUAAGACAUUUCAGGCUGGUGCCCAUUGAUUGUACAUCGUCUGAAUAAGGAAUGUUUCUUUACUUUCUUUCCGUGAGCUCGUAUACUUAAACUCUGAGCCAACAGGUCCAACAUUUUGAUUGGCUGCUUGUCAGCGACCAGCAGCAUGAUGCUCGGUUCAAUAUUUCUUCCUGAGAAAUUGGAUGCAAGGAGGGAAAAGAAAUCUCUGAAUCUACUUUUGUGAGAGUACCUUUACUAAUGUUAUUGUAGAAUGUUGGAAUCAGGAACAAAGGGACAAAGAAUGUUUUUCAUUGAUUUUCCCACGUCUCACACACACGGAAGGACACGAGACGUCACAGAGCAUUCAAACAGGUACUUGGCAAGAAAAGCAUUUAAAUGAGUCCCGGAUGUUUGUGGCGUCCUGUCAAGUUUACAGGUGAUCGAACAGUAAACCUGAUGGAUGUUAUUACUUCUACUCAUUUAUUUUUAGCCAUUGUGAUCCUCAUAACUUGAUUGUGUCCCACCGUGUGCAUCGGAGUUCUCAAGUGCCCAUUAUAUUUCUUCUUUUGUACAUUCUGUCUGUUGCGUUGGAUCGAAAUACGAUUGUUAGUGUUUGAUACGUUUUAUACCGUUUCGAGUGGACAAAUCUACAUUUCCAGUUUGGUUUCAUCGUUUUUUUUGUCAAAUGAAAGUUGCUAUUCCGUGGAGGCAAAAGAAUCCAGCUAGCCAGUUAGCCUGUUAGCCAGUUAGCAGGUAACGCUGGUUAUCAUUAGCAUUUUGACCCCAGCCAAAGGAGGCCUGCAGACAUGGAGCCAUUGGGGCCACACGGUGUUCAGACGCUGCAGCAAAGUCCUCAGUCGUUGUUUCGAUGCUGAAUGCAAACGUCGCUCAGCAAAGACAAAUCAGAAUAAUAACAAGUGCAUGUUCAAUGAAAAAAUAAUAAACUACAAUGAAAGCUGCCAGA